AUGUCUGCACAGAUUCCACCCACCGAAAAGGUCGCUAAGGAGGACGCAGACCUGAGAGUUGUAUCUCUCCAGAAGCUCAUGGAUGGAGAUGCAUCCGUCAAGGAAGACCUCUUGAAAGCAUGCACAGACCUUGGCUUCUUCUACCUCGACUGUCGCAAUGUUGCUUCAGGCAGGAUCAUGAAGGAAGUUCAAGACAUGUACACGCUUGCGACGAGCUUCUACGAUCUUCCCCAAGAAGAAAAGUCGAAAUGGCUUGUUGACAGAGAUCACGAUGAGCACUUGGUUAUGGGAUACAAGCCUGCCGGUCAUGGAAACGGACCAGUGGAGGGGAAGAAGGAUGGCUUUGAGGGCUUGAUGCUGUUCGAGCAUCCUAUUUCUAAGAUUGACGAUCCCUCGUCUUUCCCUGGACCGGAGGUGAUUGCCAAUGAGCUUGACCCACUCAAACAAGCUAUGUCGAGCUUCCGCGAAAUGAGCAUUCUUCUACUCACUCGAAUUUCCGAAGCCUUGGGGUUGAAAGACAAUCUGGCGUACCAGCAGUACCACCGGAAAAAUGCAGUUUGCCCUACAGCCCUCGGCCUGCUCAAAUACACGCUUGCUGAGGUGGAGAACGACAAGGUGGGACAGAUCGCGCACUCCGAUGCUGGCAGCCUUUCGAUUGUCUUCACCGAAGUUGCGGGUUUGCAGGUUCUGAAGCCCAAUGAAGAGACGUGGUAUUACAUUGCACCUAAGCCCGGCCACGCGGUGGUCAAUGUCGGAGAUGCGCUGCGCUUCAUCUCCGGAGGCGUGCUGGAGUCAAGUCUGCAUCGCAUCAUUCCUCACAAAGAUGAGAUGGGACGACACAAGUACUCCAUCGUCUAUCUUCUGCGGCCUGAAAUGGAUGCUGAAUUUGUUGACGCGGAAGGCAUUGUGUGGAAGGGCCUUGACUGGACAAACAAGAAACAUGCUGUCUUCCGUGCUUCAGCGGAAGAACAGGCUAAAGGGACAUAUCUUACUGGAAGAGAUGGAUACGUGGGUCACUGGGAUCCCGAGAAGGAUGCCGAGAGUCAGACGAUUACUGUCCGAUGA